UACUUAUACUAUUGUUAAAAUUACUGUGUUAAAAGGGUGGCAUUUGAAAAAAUAUUUUAGUAACUUUACAAUUCUUUUAAGAAUUUUUAAUUUUUUUUUUAUUAUUUUAUCUAUAAGUAUUUUAAGAUUUUGACUUCAUAAUACUUGUUGGUUUGAAAAACUUCGUGUUGAAAGUGCAUCAGGUGAUAAGUAGAAUGGAUAAUAAAACUGGUACUUUUUUUCUAAUGUUCUUCUUCUUCUUUUCUUUCUCAAUGGCAGUCGGUCGCCAUUUUUACGACCAUUUCCAGCCAGCGUCAUGUAUAAAAGAUAAUACAACAACAAGUACCUAUAAAUGCGCAAUAUGCAAUAUUGUGGUACCGAAAAUGUAUUGGAAAUUACACAACAAUAGCUUCAAACACAGAACAUGUUUGGAAAUAGCAGAUUUAGCACUGCUUAGAGUUAAAGAAAGCCUGUCUUUAGACUUAUCAACUUGUAGAGACGAGCCGUCUACCUAUUUUUGUGAGCCUUGCUGUCUUUCUGUCGCUACUGAUCAGAAAUUCCAUCACAUAACUUCAAAAACUCAUGCAGAUUCAAUGAAACAUGAUGAGUUACUGUGUAACUUGCUUAAAAUAUACAAAGACAAGAAUAAUGUAAACGAAAUAGAUAUAAAAUAUAACAUUACAAUAGGCAGUUCAGAGAGUGUUCGAAAAAAUACAACAGGUCAGACUGCUAAAAAAUUAAUAAGAUUAACUGAAACAGAUGUAGAAGUAAUUGAUGGAAAUACAAACGAAGAUGACAACACAGAUAUAGAAUUAUCUAUUUUAAAUAAACAUAUUCAUGAAAUUAAUGAUAAAUAUAAAUCACAAGGCUAUAUUUAUAUAUUAAAAAACAAAUACGUACAUGUGGCCAUAGAUAAAGAAUUGUUUCAUGUGAACGUUCGAAAUUUGAACGGAAUAAAAAAGUUUCAAGAAUAUAAUAAUUGGAAAUGUUUGUUAUGUAAUGAAUGGUUGAAAACAAAAAAUGAUAUAGUGACACAUUGCCAGAAUGAAAAACAUGUAAGAAAUAUAUCGGUGCCAAAUUACCACUGCUUAAGAGCGUUUGAAAGCUUGAAAGAUACACAGGUUCACUGUAUAAUAUGUAACAAGCAAAUGCCUAAAGAUGUAAUGGAAAAUCACAUAUUGAGUGAAGAGCACAAAGUGGCCAUAGAUAGAUCAUUGAUUUACAAAAUAGAUCAUUUAACUUCUGAUAUAAUUGUUUGCCAAAUAUGUAAUACUGCAAUGUUUGUUGGCAAUUUUUCUAGCCACGAAAAGGGGCAGCGACAUUUAAAUAAUUUAAACGAAAAUGAAAAACUAUUGGGAGGGAAACACGAUGCCAACUUGACAGCGAAUGUCAGUACAGGAAACCAAAAUCCAAUACUAGCAACAUUGCCACACUAUCAAAUGAAUUUAACGUCAAGUCCUAAGGUAGUCGAAUGUAAAGUAUGCCAUGUGAAUGUUCCUAACAACAAAACGCAUAUUACAGAUCAUGUUAAUGGAAGAAAUCAUUCAGCUAAUUAUGAUAAAAUGCUAUCAAAUAAUAAUAUGAGAUUUGUUGAUAACGGAUUCUAUUGCAGCAAUUGUGAUGUUAAUAUAAGUGCUAAGAAUGAAUUAUUCCAUAUAAAUGGUAGAAAUCAUCAAAGUAACAUUAAUAAUAGACGCUCUAAUGAAUAGAAUAAUACCAGAGGGAGACUUUGUACAAAAGUCGAUUGCUUGGGCACCUCGGUCCUAUUCGUGUUUCAACCGUGAAGCAGUUGUGUUUGCAUGGCUGUGUUUCGGUUUGAAGGGUGGGAUAUGGCGUGAAUUUACUGGGUACAGAGGAAUAACACCUGAGUCCUCAGAAAUGGCAACGCAUGGGGGGUAUCAUGGGCCAAACAGUAUACUCUGUUAUGUCCACGGUACUGCUCAUGUUUAUAGGCGACGGUUGCCGCUUUCCAUCAGGUGGGCCGUCAGCUUGUUUGCCAUUCUAAAUUGUAUAAAAAAAAAGAUCGAGAAAGCUUGACAAGUUUCGGGAUCAAUUCGUGGUCAUUAUUCAUGAGCGGAUGAGACGCGAGCGUGAGCCUGGCUACCGCAUUUUUUCUUUUAGUUUAUGAUAAUUUUGCGAAAGCAUAAAUUUAACAUAUUAAGAGGUAUUAAUGUUAAGAGAUAGAUUAGGAGAAAUGGCGUCUUAGAAUCGACUCUUAUAUUUAUUUGAUUAAACUGUCACAUUUAUACUUAUAAAUAAAUUAUAAUCUUUACUAAUAUUCUAUUCUAUUUUUUUAAAUUAAUGAUAAUGGAAUGGUAACCCCGCCUGCGCUAACGGUCGACACUGACGAGGCACCAGUGAGGGAUGAUAGGUGAGAAUGAAAAGGCAGGUCAGUUAGCGCAUCGUGAUGAAUAUAUCAACAAUUCAGCACGAUGGUUUCCAGGGGGACCAUGUGGAGGUUGACCUUAUGAGGUUAUAUAUUGCUAGCAAUGAGACUGACAGUCUGCAGUACCACAGAUAAUAUAAUACUAUACUAGUAGCAGUACUAACAACUCCUACCCUCUAUUUUAUUAAAAGGUAUAAUAUACGUCUACCUCGCAAGGGACUUGGCGCGAAUACAAAUAAUUUUUACUUAAUCAUAUAAUCUUGGUAUAAUAAUUUUUUUGCAUUAAUUUUACAUUUACACUUUUUUAUAUAAAAAAAAACAAACCAUAAAGCAUAAAAUGGUUCUAGAAUUAAACCCUGCGAGACACCCAUAAAUAAUGAUUAAAAAUGGCGGUAUACACUUUUCUAUAACAAGUAAUGUGGUAAAAUGUUUAUUAAAUAAAUUAAAGAAUUAUAUUCAAAGUAAGUCAAAUAUAUAAGAAACGAUAUUAUUAUAAAAUAUUGAAACUGGUCUAUGGUAUACAACUUAAUCAAACGCUUGGAAGAAAUCAUGAAAUUUAAUGCUUCAUAAAUUAUAAUUUCAAUUGCUUUAUUGAUAUUGGUUAUAUACAUAAAAUUUCCAAUAAACACAUUUAUUUCAA